CAUGUCGCCAUGGUAACGGAUGAAACUGCCAAGAUUAGUUUGUUAGCAACCGUGUAGCCUCUCUAUUUCAAUCUCUCUUGUUUUAACCAGCGUUAUAUUACUGACAUGCGAUGGAGGGGUCCGAUACAUACCUCAUACGACCUAAUCAUCAGUACAAGUUCAAACCAGCCAUUGUGAAGGAGUGUGUCCGUGAAAUUGUGAGGGAGCGACUGUCUGGGAUGCGAUAUGACCCAGAGGAAGUCCCAGAGCUGUCCCGUUCACUGGCAGACAGCAUUAAAGACAAAGUGAAGAAUGCAGGGUUUGAUAGAUACAAGCUUGUUGUGCAGGUGGUCAUUGGAGAACAACGAGGACAAGGAGUCAAGAUGUCUUCAAGGUGCUUGUGGGAUGCUGACACAGACAGCUACGCAGAAGAUGUUUUCAUGAACGACAGCUUGUUUUGUGUGGUGGCAGUUUUCGGAAGCUAUUACUACUGAGGACAAGAGGAUGGAUGACAGAGAGUUCUUUCAGAUGAAGAGAUGUGAGGCCAACAUCCAAAUGAGACUGCUCACCGUCAGCAAUUUGGGUCCACGGGGUGCUGAGCUGAAGUAACUGUGAAUGUAAUUGCUGCAUCUUGAGAUCAAGACAGACGACAUCCCAUGCAGGAGGGUUGGAUACCUGUGCUGUUACUGUAGUGAUUUUAAAAGGAAGGAUUUCAUCAGGAUUUCCUGACUAGGCAAGAUGAUUAUUGAAGACUGAGGCCUCUUGUGACCAGUUGUUUACUUUGAAGGAUUAAUGGCUUAAAAAUAUCUCUUCUGAUACUUCCCGGUACAUUUUACUGUGUUCACAGCAGAUCUGCUACAUUAGUACAAUGCUUGUGGACCACACUUUGGGUGCUUAACCUAGCGCAGUAGCGACAGUAUUUGUCUCCGAUUGUCUGUGUCAGUGCAGUUGAUUACUUUUGGCCAGCUACUAUAAUUAUACAGUAAUUAAGCUGUCUAGAGUCCUUUAAUAUUUAAUCAGCAGUUUGAUUUUGACACCAUGACUUUGUCAUCUCUCAGAGGAAUAUAAAGUCUAUUUGUAUAUCAAUUUGUCAUGCCCUGUUACCUUUAAUUUGUUUUAACAAAUAUCCAAGAAGUGAUGUAGAUUGGUAUUUUGAAUGCUGUAACAUUUGAAGUUUUGUUUCAGUAUCAAAUGUCCAAUAUAAUUUGAAAUAGAUGCCACCGACUGUUGUCAUAACCAUUGCUUCUUACAUACACUGUGUGUAGCACUGUUCCAUUACAAAAUCAGUACAUUAUCACAUUGACCAUUUGCAGAUCUGCCAUAAACAAACCAAAGCAUAACUGAAAAGGUUUUAAACUUCCACACUGCCUACUUACAUAUUUCUAGCCACACAGAAUGUCUUGGCUGGAGAUUUAUUUGUCAUGUUGGGUUUUAUUUUUCUGGUUGCCAGGCGAUAAUUCACAUGAGAUGCUGCCUGAAGUGAUUCAGAUUGGAUUUUUUACCCCCACAUGACCAUUAUAUUUCUGUAGUCAUAAUGUGCUGGAGGAAAAUAAGGUCUGGUGCCAGGCAUGAAGACAGACAUAUAUCUGUCACACAUACAGAAAUAUCAUAUUAAAGAUAUUUUUGUAAAGAAACCCAUUUGAAGCAGUAGUUUGAAAUGAUAGCAACAUUUUUUAAUGGGACAGUUGCAUUUCUUUUUACAAUUUUAAUACAGUAGCAAAGCUUUUAUAGUGGUGGUUUUGCUUCAUUUAGGAUUAGGACAGAGUUUCAAUCAAUCAAUCAAACAAUUUUAUUUAUAAAGCCCAGUAUCACAAAUCACAAUUUGCCUCAGAGGGCUUUACAGCAUACAACAUCCCUCUGUCCUUUGGACCCUCACAGCGGAUAAGGAAAAACCCUCCAAAAAAAAAAAACCUUUGACAGAUGAGUC